CUGGUUCUGGUUCUGGUUCUGUUUCUGUUUCACCUAUUCUCAACAACUAUCUUACCCCAGAAUCCAUAUCCUACAUCCCACACACACACACACUCACUCACUCAAUCCAAGAAAGAAGGACAUGAACAUGCAAGAUAAUCCCGCACAAGACUCAUCAUGUAUGGAGUAUGGGGUGCUUGCUUGCCUGCUUGCUUGCUGCACACCCCUCCUUUAUCCCUUCCGUUUGUGUCUCAGACAAUGAGAUGGAUCAGACCAGACAGGAUGAGUAGAGCAAGACAUGCACCGUAUGUAAUGGAUCAUAUGUACUAUCACGGAACACAACAUGAGGAUAUGUAUGUAGUCCAGGAUACUACUUCGAAGUACUUGGAUAUGUUUGUGGUGAUGUAUGUGGAGUGUAUAAAUACAAAUAUUACUGGUGUUGGUAUAAUAUGGACUUAUGCUAUGCCAUGCUAUGCUACUCAUUACCUAUAUAUACAUGCUAGUACUAAUAAUGUUUACUAUAACCCAAAUACCUAUAACCCAAAAAUAUAUCCUAAGUCCCAUCUAUACACAAAGUAA